UAUACGACCACCUGCUGCAUUGAAGUCGUUACAACCUGAGUGAUGUUUCCCAGUGCUUACAACGAUCUCAUUAGCCAUGGCCGAGUGAGCUAAUAACGUCUUCUAUCCUUCAACACUUGAGGUGUCCUUGUUCCUGCCUGUUCAUCUUGUGAGUGAUCUAGAUCGUCUAUACUCUGAUCUUCCUCACCGCAGUAGAUCUCCUACCGGUACAUGAUUCAUCAUCAGACCAGCUACAACGUUCACAUGAUAUAGUACACAUAUUAUUAGAAUGGUCGUCCUCGUCUCAAGAGGCCUUUCUCGAGACACGUCGUGUGUCGUCUCACUUCGCGCACCUCUAUGCGAUCUGCGUGUGCUCCCUCUUGCUGCUUACAGUAGCGAACAAAAGAACCAGAAAAAACAUCAACAUUUGGUUCCUCAGCAGGAUCUUUUAGCCUGUGCUUCUGACGAUGGCUAUGUCGCCUUGUAUUUGCUUGACAAUGUAUCAAUAUCUGCUGCAUCAAAAUCAACUUCUACUACUGGUUCUACAUCUACAAUUUCGACCGCAAGAGCGAGACGAGACGGGAGAGCAAUUUUUAUAGCCCGAUGGCGGGCCCACAAUGGUGGCUGCGUCCGCGCCUGUGCAUGGAACGGCAUGACUUUGGCCACCUGUGGUGGUCGCAGUGUGGCUUUCUUUAUGACUACUUGGUUUUUUUUUUACAAUGUCAAUGUCAAUUAGAAGCAGGUGCCGUUGGCGCUUCCCUAAUAAAUCGGGAGAUUCGGGUAGAGGUUACUGAAACAUCUUGUGCCUCCCUCUAGUUCAAGCACAAUACAGGUAGGCUAGUAGUUUCUCAUCAACAUAAUUGCAUGAUUCUAUGCUUCAAAGUAGCGUGUUGCCCUCCCAUGAUACCUUUCUAUGGUCGAAUGUAGCGUGUUGCCCUCCCAUGAGAUCUCUAUGGCUGCUUCCUCGUCUAAUCUAAGGGAUUGUCGUGAUGCAGCUUCUGCUAUGCUUUCAGGUCGAAAAAUGAAGACGCCGACGCUUGUAUGGCGAAAUGAGGUCCUUCAGGAAAGUUUGAUGGUAGAUACUGGCAUCUACAGCUCCUCUGAUGAGGCCUUGUGCCUGGCUUUUGCUGUACCUGCAGGUGGAGCUCCCAUACUAGUUAUGAAGAAGUCUUGAAGUGUGUUUUUUGAGGUUAAGGAGCAGGAGUUGAGGCUCUCUCACCUUCACUUUGUUUCUGGAACAAUAUCUUCAAACUCGAUGGCGGAGUAUCUUAGUAUUACAAUUAUUAAAUGAAGACAGUAUUAAUAAAUGAAGAAGUAGAUGAAAUCACACUAGUUUAAGUACAAUUUCUGCGUUCUAACUUCGGAAGUGGUGCAUCGUCUACGCUUGUUGCAGGAAGUAGCAGUUUACUUGCGGGAUCGAUGGCUGCGUCUGGAGGCCACACUGGUUUGCCUCAGAGUUUUACGCUUAUGAGAAAAAGUGCCAGAUGAUGUGUUGAUGAACAGGAACUAGGAACAUGCUUAUUUUUUCUGAUUACACCUCAAGAAGCAGGUCUAUUUUAGACGAACAAGAACCAAGUGUCCUAAGCUCGCAGCCAACUCCAAGGAUUGAUGUUUUAUACAAAACUAGUCAACACUCGUACAUCAAGGGGAACAGCUUAUAUCUAUUACAAUGAAGUGGUGCACCAGGAGCAUUUAGUCACUCAGCUUUCAUUACCCCACCGAGUGCUCCUCCUCUGCUAGCCGUUGGCGACUCUCGUGGCAGUGUGUCAGUCUUUGAGGGACGAUCAAAAAGCGCCUUUCCAGCACACGUUGAGGCCGUAGCGACACUGGCUUGGCGACCAGCAGGAGUUACUAGGUUACAAAACGCAAGACUUGUUACAGGAGGGGCGGAUGGAAAUGUCCGCAUUUGGAGGUAUUCAUUUGUUGCUUCUACUUGAUAGUUCCAAACCGAACUCUGAACACAACCUUGUAACAAGGGACAACACAAGUCAAUAAGGGACAACACAGGGCCACCCACCUCGUGCAGCGAGGUAUGAAAAGAAUAGGAAGUCCAAAGUCAAAAACUUGUUCCCUUUUCACAGCGAUUGGCAUUGUGAUUGAAAGUUCUUCUUGCUAAUAGUUUUCACAAUGUUAAAAUUGAGAAGAACAAAAUUAACUUCUGAUUUUCAAGGUAUCAAGCCGGCGAAUGGCAUCGCGAAGAGGUGUGUAAUUGGCACGAUUACCAAGCCUUUCUAAUCGAAUCCCAAACAUCCAGUACGUUGUCCCAUUACGCAACCCGUGCUAUCGCCAGUGUUGCGUGGCACAUGUAUCCCUCAAAUAGUGACGUCAUAGCUUUUAUCACGCGUGGGGGCGACCUGCAUUUUUUGCACUUCUCCUACGAAAAAGGGUGGCACUGGCCAGGGAAGAUACUAAGUAUCGACAUGAACAAAUGUAGUUGGGGAGUAAAAUGUAGUUGGGGAAAGCUAGAAUUUGGUCCAUACGGGGAUUUACGUGUCAGUUGCGCUGACGGAACGAAUGUCAGUGUACUGGAAAGGAAUUUGCGAGGUCGAUGGACUGUUGUGAACUGAAAGUCUUUGAGGACGAUUGUGUUUUGGGUUGUCUGAUUAUCAUUGGUUCGUAUUUCUAUUUUGAUAGUUAUACCAGCUUUUGUUAGGGCGGCAAUGACGCUUGUUGCUCUGGCUACCUAAGAAGCGGGAGUCAUCCUGCGUGUAGGCGCUAUAAAUAUGCCUAUUAGGGAUCAUGCACAGAAUAGAGCGGAG